AUGGGUGAACCAAACAUGAACAUGACUCUGUCACCUUCACCUUCAUUAUCACCAUCCACACCUCGAUGUUCUCCAAAACUUGUGAAACGAAUGCAAGAAGAUAUCUGUUACCGGUGUCGCCAAAAAGGGCAUUGGUCUUGGUAUUGUCCUUUGAAGACCCCUGACACCAAAACCCUCUCACCCUCACUCAAUCAAAAUUCCCCAUUUUCCCCCAAAAUAAUACGGUGCCGUUGUGGCCAUGGCUUUUGCGAGGUCAGAACCACACUCAGCGAAAAAAACAGGGGUAGGAAGUACUAUGCUUGCCCCAUCAAAAGGGGGGCAAAGUGUAAAGGGUUUGUUAAAUGGUGCGAUGAUCCCGUUGAAGAGAGUGAUUUGCAGCCUCCACCGAUUAAGUAUCCUGAAUGUGAAUGUGGAGCUGGAGUGUGUAGGAGAGUGAAGGGAACUGAUAACACAGAUGGGGUUAAAUACUAUUUUACUUGCCCUGUUAGAGAGGAUCAUGGAUCUUGUGGUUACCGUGUGGCGGAGGAUGAACUACUCAGUAACACAAGCAUUGUUUGUAUCCAGCAAAGCAAUCAAAGAACUCUUCAUGAUUUUUGGGGGACUGAUAAUGACCGGGGUAAUGAUUUGAGUAAUAGAGGUGAUUUGCUAGCACAGAACAAAAGGAUGAGAAUCAUGGAUAAUUCUGAGAAUCACUCAUUAAUGACUGUAUCUAAGAUUUCAGAGGGAGAAGAUGCAGCACUAAUGGCACUCCAUUCAGAAUGUGUUGGUUUUCCAGAACAUGAGUCAACACCUUCAAGGAUCCGUAGUCGACAGAGAGAAUUUCAGAGGCACAUUUUUGCUGAUAGUGAUGCUGUUGCUGAUACAUCAUUUGAUCCUUGUCCAACGGGUUGGCUAGGUCGCCUUCUUUUCUUCCGUCCAACACAAAGCUUGAAAUUCACCCCACCUCAGCCAUUUUUCUGCUGUGUUUUCCCAUCCAUUAAUCCUAUAAUUGUUCCUAAACAAGCAAGUAUUCCUGAUGAUCCUUGUGAGCGCAACCAGGUUGCUAUUAGCAGCCUCGUUCAACAUCCCCAACUUUCAACUGGCAGUGAAAGAAAGCCAAUUUCAAAGGCACAAAGGCUGAGACAAAUGGUCUUAUUUGCACAGAAGCAGCUUCUCAUUGAUCUAGAGACAUUGGACCCUCAUGACCUUGAAUCCAUGAGAAAGGCAGCAGAGGCCACUUUUGCGAUAUUAGAUAAUUUAGAAGUUGAUUAUAAACAAUUUUCUGAACAUAUAUGGGACUUCAUCAGUCUUGCAUCAUCGGUUGCAGAAAUGGACCAGUCCAUGGAAAAUUCCCUUACACUUGAGGAGCACAACAAAUGCUUUGAAGAGGAGAAAGUGAGAUAUGCUUGUGUUCAUGAGGAUUGUGUUAAGACUGAGACUUUGUUCCAAGUAUCUGAUGAGCAUAUACAGUCACUUUGUGAAGAGAUAUAUCAACUUGAGGCCAUGCUUCAUGUGAAACAAAACCAAUUGAAGUCUUGUAAAUUGGAGAACUUGAAGAUAAAGACUAAUCUUGAUAAUUUAAAAAGAAAUAUGUUGGAGGCUGAAACAGCCUUAAAGGUUAGAGCCGAGCAAGUAGAGAUUACAAGAAAACUUAGGGAAGAGAGACAAGCAAAGCAAAUUGCUGCCAAGUCAGCAUUGGAGAAGGCCAAACUUGAAUUAGAAUAUUAA